AUGGCGUCUGAGAAAAAGGACACCGGUGACGUUUUAAAGGAGCAGAAUGUACUUCUUCGAAUCCGCAAUCUUCGAUCUGUCAGUGCUGCUCUGGAAUCCAUCGAGAAGACAUACAUCCAUACGAAGCAGUCUCAUCCCAUUAUAAACUCUCUGUUUGGGAUGUAUAAGAAAGGUGUGAGUAAGGCUGGCAGCUUGGUUGUAUGGAGCAUUCAGCCUGCCCUCCAUGUACUGGAGCCCCAGCUUGUAGCAGCCAACUCAUUGACCUGCAGAGGACUGGACCACCUGGAGGAGAAGGUACCAGCCUUGCAGUAUCCACCUGAAGAGCUAACAGCAAGCAUCAAGGAGCUGGUGUCAUCAACUUUGGAAACUGCCAAGGAUAGUGUUGCCUGUCCAAUCAAACAGAACUCUAAUGUUGUAUUGGACAAGGUAUCUACUGGGUACCAGCAGAGUAAGAAUGCCUUAAGUGACAGCAUACAUUAUGUCCUUAACAGCAAGCUUGUCUGCCUGGCUGAGCAGAGAGCUGACAGGGCUCUUAGUCUGUUGGAAAACCUGGUCGACUUUGUUCUUCCUGUAUCUUCAAUUGAGACAGAGGAUGAUGGGAGUAUGGGAGAGCAGGCGCCUGAUGUUGGAGCCUCUGGCCCAAAGCCCAGCUUCAGCAGGCUGGGAGCACUGGCCGACACCAUCUGCAGACGGGCGUUUGAGAAGACAGCUGCACAACUCCAGCGCUCCAAAGGUCAAGGUCAGGGACUGGUCACACAGAUCCCUGGCGUGAGUCCCCUGAUUCCUAGGCAAUCUUCCAAGGCAGAAGGAGGAUCCCAAAUGGCGGAAAACGAUAGAUCAAAAGAAUGUGUGAGUUGCUCUCUGGUGCUGGAGACUAGUGUAGGAGACCACAUGCACAGUCCCAGUGGCAAUUCUCAAAAGCAGCCCCUUAAGGUUACGGAACUCAAGGAGAUAUCAGAGGAAACCCGUCAGCUGAAGAAGAAGGUCAUGAAACAGAUUCCUAUGCAGCAGAAAGUAGUUCUUGGUGGCAAUAACAAGGAAGUAUCCAACCACAGAUCCCCGAGGAAGAGUCUGAAAGAUUGCACCCAGAUCUCCUCCUCAUCGUCUUCUUACAUUCAUACAGUGCAAAACAGCAGAAAUGCCUCCCCUACUGCAGAAUGAGAAUGGAAGAAUAGUCAGAGUGGGAUGUGGGUUUCAUUAUUUAUCCUGCAGGUCUGUCAUGUUCAUUUAAUGCAUUAAGCAUAGCAGUCAUGGGUCAUGAUUUCUAAAGAGCUGGC